GUGGAGCUUAUCAAUCCACUCUAAUAUAACAAUUUCUGUCUUGCCGUUUUCGAGGAAUGAAGUGCGAGGCAUGUUAUAUCGAACAUUCUGAUCCUGAUAUGAGGCGCCCGCAUCUGGUGGUGUGCAUCACCUGCGCCUAGUCAGUCGGGGAUUAAAUAAGGACGUAAGCACGUUGGUGAGGCGGGGUUUGCACGAGCACGCGCAGCGCCGUGUGGAACCUUCCUGGUAGUCCUCCAAGCGCGUCGUCGGAGUCACCGUGUGAAUGGAAGACGCGACGCUAGACGAGCCGUCGCUCCGUGCAGCCGCGCAGGCCAACCCUGCGGACGAUGCGGCUCUCGCAGGGCUCGCGCGGCUGGCGCUGGCUCGGCACCAGUGGUCCGACGCCGUUGAUGUUCUUCGGGCGGCCGUAUCCGCGCGCCCAGACGAGAGCGAGUACCAUCUCCUGCUGGGCGAGGCGUUGUGGAAUUCGGCGGAGGAAGGAGCGGUGGUAGCCGCUAAGCAGGCAGGCGGAGGCGAAGAGGGGGGGGGGAGCGAGGCGCGGGCAGCAGGGCGCGCGGCAUCAUACGCGGAGUGGCUGCAGGCGGGCAAGCUGAGCCCCAGCAGCGCGGACGCCUUCCGCUGCCUGGGCUACUUCUUUGGCAGCUUUCAAGGGGUCAUUCCGCGCAGAGACGCGCGCGGGGCGCAGCAGGCGGAUGGGCGGCACGCGGAGGCGUGGUGGGCGGCAGGGGAGCGAAAAAGGGUGCUGAAGGGGGGAGCAGGGGGGGAGGAGGGGCUGGUGCGGGACGUGGGGCGUGCGAUCAAGUGCUUCCAGAAGGCCGUUAGCGUGAACCCUGGGGACCACGACGCUGGGGAGGCGGCCUUCCACCUGCUGGCGGGGGGCCGGGCGUCCCCCCGGCAGCGGUCGCUGCAGGUAGCGCUGUGCCGCGCGGCGGUGGAGGGCAGCGUGCGGGCGUUCUGGGCGUGGCGGCUGCUGGGGCUGCUGCACGCGGAGGAGGGCAGCUGGCAGGACGCCGUUCCUUGCCUGCAGUCCGCCAUCAAGGGCUUCGUUCUCGACGCGGCCUGCUGGCGGGCCCUUGCCCUGUGCUACCAGCGACUGGGCCGACACUCUGCAGCCCUCAAGGCCUACGGGCGGGUGAUCACCUUGGGACUGCCGCAAGUGGCUAGUGCCAUCACUGCCCUCGUUCCGGCCUCUGUCGCUGCCGCCGCUGCUUCCCCCGGUGCUGCUGAGAGGAGCAGCAGUGACACCCCAUGCGCCGUGUUCGCAUUGGAGCAGAGCGGGCACAUUGAGCUGGAGCGCAGUAACUACUCCAAGGCGCUGGAGUUCUUUUCUUACGCGCAUGCGCAGCGAGCGGGGAGUGCGACGGUGCAGUGGGGCAUGGCAGCAGCGCGCUACGGCAUGGCUUGCCACGUGGCCUCCUUUGGCGCCGCUGCAUGGGCCAACGACCUGCUGCAGGCUGCGGCUGCCAGUGCCCAUGCGUCCAUAUCACGCCAUCCCACUUCCGCAACAACCUGGAAGCUUCUUGGUGACAUCGAGCUGCGUCACUCCUCUGUUCUCCUCGCCACGCCCCCCUCCUCCCCCACCCCCUCCACCGCCCCACCCCCCUCCUACUCGCGCGCCUCUCUCCUGGCGUGGCGCCGCCAUCGCUUCCGCCUGGCGUCCUCUGCCCUGCGCUCCUACGCGCACGCCCUGCACCUCUCGCCCCACCCCUCCGCCUGCCCCUCCGCUGACUCUCCCCACCUCUCCCCGUUCCUUCGCGUGGGGAUGCCUGAAGUAGGGCUUAUGGGGGAGGGAGCAAAGGGCACAGGGGGGAAGGGCGGGGGGAGGCUGUGGGCGGACUUGACACUGGCAGCGGCAGCCAAGGCGAGAUCAUGGGCGGAGUUGGUAGAAGCGGGGGGAGGGGGGGAGGAGGAGGUGGAGUGUGGGAGUGCGGGUGAUGAUGGGGAGGACAAGGCAGAGGUGCUGGAUGCUGCAUCGGUGAAGGAGCUAAGCGCCCUGCCCCCUCGCCUGCUGCUGCCGGCGCUGCAGUCGCAGCAGGGCGCAGCGGGCGCGCAUGCAUGGGUGGUGCUGGCGGCGGUGGUGGGGUGGCAGUGGCCAGAGGUGCAGCAGCAUGCGCUCGUGCACGCGCUUAUGCUCCACCCACUGGAUGCCCUCGCAUGGGUGCUGCUGGGGGAGGUAUACCUUCACCAGAACCAACCAAACCUUGCCGCACAGGCGUUUGCCCGUGCACGUGUGGCGGACCCUUUCAUCGCCGCCCCCUGGGUGGCCUCUGCUGCCCGGCAGCUGCGGUGGCUCAUUGCUGCUCCCGCAGUUACUGUGGCGGACAGCAGUGCACCUGAUGUUGGCACUGACAGCACUGCUGGCACGGUUGGUGCUGAUGGUGAUGGCGACAGCAGUCCGUCGCUGCAUGCAGCCAUGGCGGAUGCCUUCUUUGCCGCCACUGCAUGCUCCAACCCGCCGGCAUGUGCGCAACACGUGUUGGGGCAGCUGUCAGGGCGGUGUGGCAGGCUGGGCCAGGCAGAGGUGUUCUGUGCACUGUCCCACCUGGCGAGCAGCAGCCCCGCAUCCCCUGAGGCCCUCUUCCUGCAUGGCCUCUCUGCCUCGGCGCGCCGCCUGCCCUCUGUCGCGCUGCCUGCCUUCCGCUCCGCCAAGCACAUGCUGCUGCUGCACCAGGGGCCAGCAGAACGCGUGUGGCUGGCGUCUGUGCAUGUGGGCAUGGCGCUCACAGCGGCGCAUCAGUUCAGUGAGGCAGUGGUGGAGUUUGACUCCGCUCAUGCUCUUCGAGAUCGUUCCACCUGGCCUGUUCGUCCGCUGCUCGCGCUCUCCCUCGCCCUGCACCACUGCAUGCGCCAAGACGACGCGCUCUCCAUGGUCGCCCUCGCCACCACCCAAGCCACACACCUUGUGGCAUCCCCAUCUCCCUCGCCCUCCGCCACCUCUCACUCCCUCCUCCCAGCAGCAGCAGUCAGGCUGCACGCUGCUCUCCUCGCCUCGCCCCCCGCUCUCCCCUCCUCCCCGUCCCCUCCCACAUCCCUGGCCCCAUCUCUCUUCCACUCCCCCUCACUCGCGCGUGACCUGGCGCUGACUCGAGUUGACGUGUCGCUGACAGCGCUGGCGGCGGCAGCAGCGUCGCUGGACGAUGGGGAGAUAGGGCGCGCAGUGCAGCAGUACCGCCCCGUGUUUGGCGACCCACACAUGGCGCCCAGAGCCCAUGCCCUGCUGGGCGUCUCUCUCGCUGCCAAGGGUCAGCUGUCGCGGGCCCUCAAGUACCUCACUCGCUCGCUGCACCACAUUCCCGAUAGCCUCCUGCUCAGGUCGUGUCUUGCAGACCUCCUCUCUCCCUCGCACCCCGCUCGAGCUGCGCGCAUCAUCGCCAUGGCGCCCUCGGCCCUGUCCAUCCACCCGCCUCCUCCACCUCUCGCUCAACUCACCGCCGCUGCUCCCCCUGAUUGCAGCGGCGCUGGCAGUGCGGCAUGGGGGGUGGUAGUGAGUGUGGUGCGCGUGCAGGCCAGCACACAGCUAGCGUGCAGCGCAUGUGCCUCUGGCAUGGCUCACGGCGCAGGGGCGUGCACACGCACCGCACCCUUUCCCACAGUUGCUGCUGGGCCAAGCAGCAGCGGUAGCAGCAGCAGUAUAGGUGAGCGUGGUGCAGUGGAGGCCCACGUCUCGCGACAGAGUCAGCUGCGGCUGCUGGCCAGGGCCAUCCACACUCGCCCAAGCGAUCCCACCCUCCGCCUCCUCCUCCUCCGCCUCUCCCUAUCCCCGUCAUCCCACGUGUCACCCUUCGGUGCUCCCUUGCCGCCACCCUCCUCCCUCUCCACCUCCCUCCUCCGCUUCUCCCACUCCCUCCUCGCGCUCAUUCACACCUCCUUCCCCUCAGAUUCACCUUCGAUUCCCUCUACUCCCUCUGCACCCUCUGCUUCAUCUCCCUCUCUCUCUCUCUUCCACCUCGCCUCCGAGAAGGCACCAGCUGCCACGCCACCAUUGAUGCAAGAGCUCUGGGUGCACGCUCUUUUGUCUGCAUCUGAGUGUGCUGCACGCUGCCAGUCUGUUCCAACUUCCACCCUGGACGGCUCACAGCCCGCACACUCUCUCACAUAUCUCGCGCUCUCUCUCGCAUCCCACGCCCUUUCAGAGUGCCUCCUCCUCCCCAAUUCACCUCCCUCAGCCAGUCAGAAGGCAGCGCUGCGUGCCUGUGCUGAAUGCCAGGUGGUGCGGUGCAAAUCGCUGCAAGAAACUCCAGCAGGAGCCUCUUCCCCUUUCCCCGUCUCCUCGAGCUUUCCCCCAUCGCUGCUCCCGUCGCUUGCGUCUGCAUCGUCUCUCUUCUGUUCUGGUUUCUCCCAUGAGGCGGAAGCAGUGGUGGCGGCAUUGCAAGCUGACGGAAUGCAAGGGGGUCAGGGGCAGCACGGCCAAGAGGAGAGCAGGCUGCUGAUCGGGUCAGCCGUGCAGAUGUGGCAGGCUGUGAUUGGUGCGGAGAAGGGCGAGUUGAGCAAGGCGCGGACUAUUCUGGAGGGGUUGGUGGGGUCUCUCAAGGAGGCAGCAGCAGCCGGUGGCAUGGCAGGGGCAGCAGUGCAGCCCAUGCUAGACGUCGCACACGUUCUCCUAGGUUCCGUCCUCCUCUCUCUCCACCACUCCAAUCCCUCCGACUCCUCUCUCCCUCUCGCCGCACGUCGCUCCCUCCUCUCAGUCACCUCUCCCUCCUCCUCUAUCUUCCCCCACCUCCACCUCCUGCUCUCUUCUGCCGACUCCCUCGCCGCCUCUCGCUCUGCCGCUCCUCGCAAGCGCGCCGCCCACCUGCAGCAGGAGUGGGCGGCAUGGCCUUCAGUGUGCCGCCCAGCCCGCGUGCUAGCUGCCCUUGGAGAGGCCCUGGCAGGGCUAGAAGCAGGAGGAGGUGCGCCUGAGACAGGAGGAGGGGCAGCAGGGGAUGGCGGAGGAGGUGGUGGUGGUGAGCCCAAGGACAAGAGCGAAGGGGAGGCAGAGAGGGAGAAGAUGGGGAGUGGGGCAUGUGGUGCGAGGAGCCCUCUGGGGCUGGUGCAGGCAGCAGUGCAUGUGGACCCAUCAUGCAGGCAUCACUGGGAGGUGCUGAGGCACUUGAGUCAAGGCAGCUCAGGCAAGGCCGUGCGGGGAUGACGUGACGGGUGAUGAAGCCAGGGAUGUGGCUGGAGAGGGUUGCAGCACAGCAGUGGGGAAGCACUCAAACAUGCUGGUGCAGAGCGACCGGCUUCGCGCACAACAUGCUUGCUACUCAUCUGUGCAUACUGAGUGCAAUCAGCUGGGGACAAUGUUGGCUGUGCAAAAAGACACCCUGGCACCGGAAUCUGAAGGGGAUUACAUACAGUCUCUUGCCGAGGACAUUCCAUAUGGCUGAA